AUGGCGGCUCUUGCCAAAGCGCGAACUUCCAUGCUCCUGCUGCUUUUCGGUUGCGCCUUUUGCUUCUGCGCUUGGCAUCCGGUGAGAUCCAGAUCUUCUCGCCCUGUGGCACGACGAAGCAGUGACAAGCAGGAAAUUGUGUACAACUACUUUGCGCAGGAUUAUGCCCUGGUGACGAGGAAGGAGGAAACCUUCGACGUAGGGCAAUGGCUCUCGGAAUUGCUGCCGUGGUCGGAUGGGGAACUCCGAGCACGAGACGUUUUGUCAGAAAUAUUGCCAAAGUGGCGCAGCAUCGAUGUUGGUCCACAAACUGACAUAGCCCUUCGACGUCGUUUCCGCGCUUUGACGGCGGCUACUGGAGGUGAAGAGCCUGCUUUGGCUGCGAUGCGCCGCAACAUCGCAAUCCUUUACUUCGGUGAGGGUCAGAUUCAACGAGCCGGAGAAGUCCUGCAGAGACUGUUGGGCAAAGAGAGGGCAGCGCAAGUUAUCCAGAAGAACCCGGGUGUGCUAACGAUCGACCCCAGGAACUUGGAGAACAAUAUCUCGGCCGUGUGCGUAGCUGCUGACGUGAUUGAUGUACUUGUUCAGAAUGGACAAGUUGCGCGGCUGACUGCAGGUGCCGUCGGUAUCUUUUUCGCAGUCGGCAUUGCAAAAGCUUUGGGCGAUGUCAUCUAUCUUCGUGUUCUGAGUCAGAGCCUGAGCUCCGGUAGUGCCCAGUGCCCGAUCCAGCAGAGCGACGUGUGCCGAUGGCUAGCCAAGAGCCUGGGGAUUCACGACUUGCCACCUGACGAAGCUGUACAGGUCUUGUGGUGGAGCAAGGUGCGAGGUGAGCUGGCAGGUGCAGCAACGGCGGAGAGCGCAUCCGGCGUUCUGGAAGGCUCAGCCUUUCCGCUGAAGGUUACGUCUCAAGCACCCGAUUUGCAGUGCGCGCUUCUUCACAUGUUUCUUUCAGGAGACUACCGCGUUUACCGCAAUUUUUGCCGCAGAGCCUGCAUCCUGGCCCUGGGCAUCCUCAGUCCUGGCUUUGGCUCCUGCGGGCCGUAUCCAAAGCCUGGGAUACUUGCCCGGACGAGUCACGGCAUGGCAGCCGCCGAGGAAGCGCCGGUGCCCACACCCAAAGCUGCCUUGCUGCUCAUUGAUCUGCAGAAGGCCUUCACCGUGGGCAGCUGGGCGUCACAUUUUGGUGGUAAGAUGCAGGUCGCCGACAUUGAGAGAGCGUGUGUCGAGACAGCACGGCUGUUGGAGUCGGGGAAGGUGCCCCCUGACACUCCGAUACUUUGUACCAAGUGCUAUGAUAGUAUGCCGCACGACGAGCCCUACGUUGACGUGGUGGAACCUUUUCUGAGGAAGGUCCCUUGCAUUCACAAGCCGACCAUGGAUGUCACCUACAACCCAGCCUUCUUCCGAUGGCUGCAGCAGCAAGUAAGGUGUGGUGUCAACGUUUUGGUCAUUGGAGGCUGCACCACAACGUCUUGUGUCCGCGUCAGUUCUACGGAAAUUGCCAGCCAGCUCGCAGAACAAGGCCUUGCUGGGAAGAUCCGAGUUGUUGUGGACUUGAACUUAUGUGGAGCACGGAGCGACAACUUUGAGAAGACAGCGGAUCGUGAUCCGGUAUUGGUGAGAAUAUACGGCCGCGAGUUCUGUCAAGGCAAGUCGGCAGUAGACUUGGCCAUCGUGCAGAUGCAUCGUUCAGGACAAGAGGCUCAUCCAACAGCCGGCGAGCACAACGUCGUGGCUGGCACGGUCUGCAGUGAAUCCUGGUCGAUGGCACGGAUGACGAGUUCGUCUGAAUGGGGUGUUCUGUCUCUGAUGUUCAAGCAGCAGGGGCAAGAUACCGGCAGAGGCAAAGACAAUGCAAUGUGCGCAAUUGAGAACGUGCACAAGUUCCUGAUGCAGGCCACUGAGAACGAAGGUGGCGAGGGCCUCAGCACGGGGCAUCCAACAGCCAGUCUCAAUUCGGGCCACGAAUGGCACGGCAAAGUGGCAGUUGUUCUUUUGUACGGGUGGGACGGAGUACUUGAGGCUGGAAGCCGAAAAUUCACCGAGUAUCAGAAGAUUGGAGGGUAUGGUUUCAAAGCCUGCUUCGAAUUCUUCGAGCUGGCCUUCAGCUAUACCUUUGGACCUGGCGAGGGCUGCUCGCGUCUGGCCUCCGCCCUUCUGGGUGGGCAGGACGACAAAGCAAAGCCUCGGAUGCUUUCGCAGGUUCACUCUUUCGAUCGAGACUGCUUUCGCACGCUGGCUGAUGCAGUUCAACCGUGCGAGGGGCAGAAGCAUGACGGAGUUGAGCUUCUCGGGGAGCUCAUGGUAUCGGCGAUCGCCGCGGCGCGGUUCGAGGCCGAGGGAGAUCCUGUAGCCGAGUUCACCACCGCCUGCGAUGGCAUGUGCGUGAGCAACGCCAUGCGCGAAGCGGGUCUCAGCCCGCUCAAUGCUUCUAUCGCGAUGGCGGCGGAAGCACCGUCAUUGAAUGCCUUGGACAUGCAUGUGGCCGACGCAUGCGGCAUCUCACUGGACAGCCUUGGCCGACAUGUCCAAGUUUGGGAGGCCAUGCAGAUCUGCAACUCGCGCACCGGCCCCGAAUAUGCAACCCCUUAUCGGCGACAGUUGGCCCUUGCAUUGGUGCGGCUUCGGGCACCAGACAUGGCAGCAGAAGUGCAAGCCUGCUUUGAGGCGCUUUCCUUCAGCCGACCACCUGUGCGUGGGACAGUUCUGAAUGCCAAGGGUGUGCUGGAGGUUCCGCCACCUUUGCGGCGGCAGGUCAUGCUCCUCUUCGAAGUCAGCACACGGGUGCUGAAGUAUGCAGCGCCCGUCGAGGCGGGCGAAUCACUUCAGCAGCUAUUCGACGCGCAUCCAAAGCUGAGGCAAGCCUUCUCCUCUUCCGUAUGGAUGGCAGAAGAUGGUAAGACGUUGAAACGCGA